GAAAGUCACAACACCACCAAACUCUACUUAAAGACGAAAAGGGCAGCAAAUUAAAUCUAAAGCCUGCGAGUAGACACACUCCGUACAACAGGCUUCAGUACAGUUACCAUCAACUUAUUUCGCUCACAAGUCUUUGGCUGAUACGAAGCCAUAGUAGAGGAUGCCUGGAUCGAACCUGGAAUUCUAUGAUUACGAACAGUAAGGCAUACGACUUUAACGUUCCGAGGAAGGAUAUCCCCUCGACUCGCAUGGUUCACUUGGUUGAACAGACUUAAACUCAAUAUUACAAGGAUUGGAGCUGUGACUUCCGCUGGUACUAGUUUACGGGAACAGAAGCCUUGCCACAACUAAGUUUAAGGGUAUUCCAGAUAUGACCAUCGCGCCAUUCGAGGCAUACAUCAUACAAUAAUUACUAAUUCAGUCACCGGCAGAGGUCGUCGUCGUCGUCGCCGUCUUCGGUGUUGGCCCGUCUUGGCCCGUCUUGGUGCUGCUGGUCUCCGACUGGCGAAGGUCUGCUCGCUGUGCGUCACACAGACACACAGACCUUCAACGUCACCGCCACCAACACAUUAAAGCUCACAACCUUCCAUCGCUGCCCCCUUUUUGCUUGGGCCCCUUUGCGAUGACAAUAAUUUACCAAUACCGAGUGGCAACGACCAGCCUCGGCGGCUUCCUUCGACUUCUUACAAUAUGGCGCGGAAGUGUCUACAAAUUGAUGUACAAAGAAAUCCUCAUAUUCAGUUCCAUGUAUGCAGCUAUCAGCCUUACUUACAGAUUUGCACUCAAUGACCACCAGAGAAGUAUGUUCGAGAGAUUAGUGAUCCAUUGUAGCAGCUACACCAACUUAAUACCCGUAUCGUUUGUUUUGGGAUUUUACGUGUCCAUCGUGGUGGCCAGGUGGUGGCAACAGUUCAUAAAUGUACCCUGGCCAGAUAGAACGCUGUUCAUGACAAUUACCUAUCUACACGGCCAUGAUGAAAGGGCCCGGAUGUUCCGUAGAACAUUGGCUCGUUACAUGAUCCUCGGUCUUAUACUAAUCUGCCGCUCCAUAAGUGUAGCCGUCAUGAAGCGCUUCCCAACCAUGGAACACGUGAUUGAUGCAGGUUUCAUGACCAAAGAAGAGGUCGAAAUAUGGGAAAGUGUUCAGUGCAAGUACCACAAAUUCUGGGUCCCGCUCACCUGGGCUAACAACGUAUUGGUCACUGCUCGGCGAGAAGAACGAAUCGAAUCCGAUUGGGGACUUCGGAUGAUUAUUCAGCAAUUGUCCGACUUCCGUGACAAAUGUUCCCUGUUAUUCGUCUACGAUUGGAUAACCAUUCCACUGGUCUAUACACAGGUGGUCACAUUGGCCGUGUAUACAUUUUUCGCCUCUUGUCUUGUCGCCCGUCAAUACCUGGACCCGGAGAAGGGUUACGAAGGCUACGGGUACGACCUCUAUGUACCAGUGUUCACUUUAUUACAAUUCUUCUUCUAUAUGGGUUGGUUAAAGGUGGCCGAGCAACUGAUCAAUCCGUUUGGAGAAGACGACGAUGACUACGACAUCAACUGGUUACUGGACAGACACACGGCGGUUUCUAUGACCCUUAUUGACCAAUGCUACGGGAAGCAUCCGCCACUUAUUAGGGACAUGUAUUGGAAUGAGAACAUCGAGGAGCUUCCCUAUACAGAGGCAUCGUACGCUUCGAAGAGACCGAAUUUCUUGGGUUCCACAUAUAACAUAGCUCGACCAAGUAUUGAAGAACAAAGAAUUGUCCAUGAUCUGGCUGAGGUCCCCACUCGCCGUAGCUCGAUAUCCAGUACUGUAGCUGGGUCUUUACUCAGCCUCUUUUCCAGACGACAUUCAAUGACAUUUAUGAUAGCACCGGUCGAUAUAGAAUGCGAAGGAACGACGUCGAACCGACGGAACUCGCAAAAACUAGAAAAAGUCUUCGCUUCAAUGGACAAACCCUACACAAAAAUAGUUUCUCGUCCGCCCUUACUUUCGUCCAUCGAGGAACAGAACACCGUCACCAGCCUGACUCAGGUGCUACCGCAACAACAACAACAUCAACAACAGCAACAACAACAACAACAACAACAACAACAACAGCAACAACAACAACAACUUUACCAUCUGCAAAAGCAGCAAAAGCAACAAAAACAACUACAACAACAACAACAACAACAACUGCAAUUACAAAAGCAACAACAAGCAGUUCUUGCAGAACCGGAAGUAUUUGACGAAGAUUCUUUGUCAGCAUUAACCAAGGCGCAGCGACGUGGAGGCGUAGCGACGCGAAAAGCGCGGCCGAAGAGCGGUCAACAAUAUGUGGCCUUACCGCCAAUUCUAGUGCAGAGGCCAGCGGUCAGGAAAAGCAACCGGAGGAUGACCGGUUGGCUGUCGGACUCGGACCUCAACGCUCAACGUCCGAGCGUGGAGGAAACGGCGCGUCUUCGUCAGCAGCAGCGCCGCUUAUUUCGACGCCGCGCCCGCAGGUGCCACCAUUACAGUGUGGACAGUCCGUCGGACAGCGAAGAGAUGGAAGAGUACGGAGAGGGGGAAGGCAACGGCAGGGACCGUAUCAGGGACCAGUAUUACAACGAAUGUGGUGGCGAUGACGGUGAUGAAGGCGACGAUGACGGCGAUGACAACGAGGGAGCGUUUAAGGCAGCCACGAGACGGGGUCACUGCACCCCUUCCACGACUACUGCUACUGCUACUACAACAACAGCUUCGGCUACCAUGGCAACAACGACGGUGACUACCACCACUACUACUUCAACUACUACUACUGCUACUUCAACUACUACUGCUGCUACUGCUGCUGCCGUGGGUGCUUGUCCUUGCUCUUGUCCGUGUCAGAUCGAACAACAACGGGUGGAUAAAAACCUACCCGAAAGAGCAGCAGCGAAGUCAGCAACGUCGCGAGUUCAAAUGCAAAGCAAGGCAAAACCGUCUCCCCCGCCCCCUCCACUUCCACUUCCGCCCACCCUUAUAAAACAACCCGACCUCAGACUCGCCACUGAAAAAGCCCGAAGUGGCGGCGAACCGAUCUCGCCGCGACGUCUUAAGCAAUAUCAACCGACGGUUCACUUUCAGCCAGAAGUCGUCCAAAAGGACAAACGAGCUCAGGCCAGUCGGUCGCAGCCAGCCCCGCCGCCGCCGGCGAUCAACAAAGCACCCAGCGGAGCGCCGACCCUCAAUGUGCCUCGCCCUUCAAUGUUAACGACCGCUGCAGCGCGGCCACCACCACCACCACCGCCGCAGCCGCCGCCAUCAUCAUCAUCAUCAUCGCUGGUCCAUUCACAACCGCCUCCGACACCGAACUCCGCCAUUGUGAAUAAGACACGCUGUCCGGCAUCUGUUAAAACCACUCAAGAGACUCCAAGCAAACGCCAUCAAGCACAGAACUGACAGCAACACACUCCACCGGGCUUUUCCCCCUCCUCCUCUCUCCGCUUGCCUUCGUCCUGUUCCCUUGUUGAUUAUCUCCCUUGCAAUGGGAUGUCCGAGUGGUGUGGACGCGUCCAAACCAAGACUCCCCCCCUUCACCCUAUUCCCUCCCUCGCCCUCCACCACCCUCCUCCUGCUUCUUCUGACACCAAAACGAUUUCUCCUCUUUGGCGACGAGAUGGCAGAAACGUUAGCACGCCGGGCGAAAUGCUUAACGGUAUUCCGUCUGCCGUUAUGUUCUGAGUUCAAAUUCCGCCGAGGUCGACUUUGCCUUUCAUCCUUUCGGGGUCGAUAAAU